AUGAACGAGACCCAGGCAAAGAGAGACCAUGAACAGGUGAUGCCUGCUCAUAACAUGGAGAAACCAACAGGUGAGCAUCAUGAAACGACGGUCGAGCACGUCAAAGAAGUCAACGCUGCCAUUGCUCGGACGGAUUCACACCUCGACAUCACGCAUGUGCCACUCGGGUGGAGAUCAUGGCUCGUUGUUCUUGUCACCAUGUUCGGAAACUUGACCUUGGUCUUUGUGGUCGUGGCUGCAGGCUCGGUCAUCGCCUUCAUCAUCCGUGAUAUCGGGGAACCGGGACUUGCUGGAUGGAUCAUCCAGGGCCCGCUCCUCGUGCAAAGCGUGCUGUGCCCUAUCGUAGGGCGUCUGUCGGACGUUAUGGAUCGGAAAUACCUCGCGUCCUUCCAGCUUACCGUUGCCUUCGUGGGAUCCAUCGUGUCUGCGCGGGCAGAGUCCAUGAACACGCUGAUCGGCGGAGGUAUUCUGAUAGGAGUCGGGCUCUCAUCUCUUGGGAUCAUCGUGGCGAUCCCCGCUGAAGUCCUGCCGUUGAAAUACCGCGCCAUCGCCAACGGUGCCAAUUUCCUGGGGGGUGCGUUUGGAGGGCUCGUCGGACAGCUCGGUGCUGGGGCUGUGACAAACGCUGACAAGGGCGGCUGGCGGAACAUCUUCUGGAUGCAAGCUGCCUUCCACGGCGCCACUGUCCUUAUGCUCCUGGCGUUUUACCACCCACCUAGACGGUCGGAUUACCCGAAGAUGAAGGUCGCGGAGUACCUCUGGUCUCUGGAUCCCGUCGGUGCCAUUUUCUUCAUCGGUGGAGCGACUCUGAUCAUCCUGGCACUCGAUUGGACUGGUGGGACCUACCCAUGGCGCGAUGCCCACGUCAUUGCUCCGCUGGUCAUCGGCAUAGUUCUGCUGAUAGCGUUCGGAUUCUAUGAGUGGAAGGGGCGAUCGGAUGGCAUUGUGGCUCAUGUUAUGUUCAAGAAAGGAUACAACUUUCCGCUGGCGGUCUUCGCGUUUGCGGUUGAAGGCUGGAUCUUCUACAGCGCCGUCAAUUCUGUGACUCCACAAGUCAUACUCAACCUCGGGUGGGAGUCGACGUCGUGGCAGAUUGCCAUUCGCCAACUGGCCUACCAGCUUCCGGCCAUCUGCUUCUCGAUUCCUAUGGUGCUUUACUCGACAAAGUUCAAAGACCUCAAGAACCCCCUGUUACUCACCUACGCCAUCUUCCUCGUCGUCUGCAUCUGCUACGCGACGGUCAAACCUUCGGAGGACAGGGCCCAGUACGCCUUUGCCGUUCUCGCAGGCAUAGGACAGUCGGGGCCUCUCACUCUGAUCCUCGCUCUGGUGCAAUUCGCCGCACCGCACGCCUUCAUCGCAACUGCAUCGGGCUUCGCCUUGUCUGCCCGCGCCAUUGGCGGGGCUUUUGGCUCGGCAGUCCUUGACGCCAUCAUCAACGGUAAGAUCGACGCCACCCUUGCGCGUGAUGUUGGAAAUGCAGCGACAAGUGCAGGCCUACCAGCAAGCUCGGUACCUGAUCUGGUGCAGGCGAUUGGAGCAGGCGAAGGUUUUGACGCUGUGGCCGGCAUCAACAGCACGAUUCUGGAGCAGGCCCUGCGUGCGAGUCAUUCGGCAUACGCGAGCGCUUACCGGCUGGCGUGGGCGAGUGUCAUUCCGUUCGUAGCUCUGGCUCUUGUUGCUGUGUGGUUCAUCAAGCAAGUCAAGGAGUUAAUGACGGACCAUGUCGAGGCGAGCGUGGAAUCCAAGAAGGUGCCAGCAGGGACAGAUGUGGAAGCCAGUGUGAAGUGA